AAUUCGGUAUCUUAACUGAAAGGUUUAUGCUUAAACCAGCUCACGCCUCAUUCUCACUCAUUCUCAGUCUGUGGAACCGCCGUCGCCUUCCUCCUUCACGCCGCCCUAGUCCACAAAUCCGUCGGUGUCCCUCACACCUCUGCAAACUCAAUCAAAAUCAGACCUAAUCUCCAUCGCAUCUUGAAAAUUAUUGAAAUCCUUUAUAGUUUUCACUUGCCGGCGCCGCGCUAGUUGCUACCAAAACAUAAAUUUGCUCAUUGUUUCAUCUAUUUUCUACAAUAAAGAGCACGAAGGCGGCGACGGCGGUGAACCCAGUGAAAAACGGUGACGGAGGCGACCUAGGUGGGUGAAUUGAGAAAACAGGUUUUAGUUAGAGUAGUUGAUUUGAUCCCAUGAAGAAAUUUAGAAACUUGAAGAGGAGAUUGGAAAGACCUGUUGAGUUGGAUAAAAGCAACAGUGAGACUAGGGUUCAAGAUGUCGAUUGGAUUUGCUCCCUUUCAGAGUCUGAGAUUGAUUUUAUGAUUAGCUUGAAAUUGUUGAUCAGGAAGCGAGCAGAAAGGAUAGGCUGUAAAAACUUGGCUGACAGAUUCGACCUUAAGACAAUUCGGGCUAUUGCAUUUGUUUUGAUGGAAAAUCUCAAAACAGAGGUAAAGGACACAUCACUUGUACCAGACUCGGUAAAAUCUACUGCUUUCUUAGAUGCGUGCAACAUACUUAAAGGCAGUAACGAGGUUUCUGCAACUAUCGAAGAGCUUAGUAAAACGGUUGGUGCUGAUAUACAACCAAUUCUAACAAGUUCGCCGCCAACUCCCAAACGAAAGAAGCGGAAAGUUAGAAGCGAAGAAUAAAAGAUUUUGUCCUGGGAGGACCUGAAAUUUAUUGUCCUUAUUUUAGUGUCUUAGCUUGUGCUGUGGAAACACUGAUAUUGGCUAAUAUACACACACAGUAACUUUUUUAUUUGCUUAGCAUUAACAGUUUUGUGCAAAGAUUGUAUUGAUGUGAGAAAAAACCAGUGCAGAAAAUGAAGAUAUGAAAUUUUGAAAUGUUUCAAUGAAUAACCUUUUAUUUUUA